AUGGCGGAGCGGAUCGAGCAGCGCAUCGAGGACCGGAUCCCGGAGCUCGAGCAGCUGGAGCGGGUCGGGCUCUUCACCCGCAAAGAGAUCCGUCUUCCCCAGUAUGAAAUCAAUUUAUUGGAACUGAUUAAGAAAAGAAGAUCACGAAUUGGCUACUCCUUUAAGAAAGAUGAGAUAGAGUACUCCAUUGUACAGAGAAUACAUAGCGUCUUCAAACGUGCCACAGCAAAAUGGAAAGAUGACCUUCAGUUGUGGUUGUCUCAUGUUGCAUUUUGCAAAAAAUGGAACAAGAAAAUACAGCUGAGUAAGGUGUUUUCAUCCAUGUUAGCCCUUCAUCCAAAUAAACCAGGUUUGUGGAUCAUGGCUGCAAAGUGGGAAAUGGAGGACCGUUUGUCAUCUGAAAGUGCCCGACAGUUGUUCCUCCGUGCCUUGCGUUUCCAUCCUGAGUGCCCAAAACUUUAUCAAGAGUAUUUUAGAAUGGAGCUAAUGCAUGCAGAAAAGCAAAGGAAAGAGAAGAAAGAAUUUGAACAAGCAAAGAUGGACUUGGGUGAGUUCAACUAUUCUGAGGAAGUGCUUAAUGGUGAAAUAGCUCAAAUCGUCUACAGAAAUGCCACUCAAAAAAUCAAAGAUGCAGGGUUCCUUCUGUCAUUGCUAUCGAUUGCAAAACUUUUUGAUUUUACUGCAGACCUUCAAAAAGAAAUUAUUGAGAACUUGCAGGCGGAGUACACAAAUGAUCCUCUUGUAUGGGACUACAUGGCCCGGCGAGAAUUGGAGAUGGAAGCUCUGCCAUCAUUGGAACAUAUAUCUAAACAAUCAAAAGCACUAGACAUGGCCCGUAAAGAAGAACGGUGUUGCACAGUGUUUGAGGAAGCAGUCACUUCACUCCCCACAGAGGACAUGUGGAAGUGUUACAUCACUUUUUGCCUGGAAAGAUUUAAGCGGAAGACCAACAGUGAAGAGUUAAGGCAGAAGAGACUUGAAAGGAUUUUGAGUGUUUACAGCCGAGCCCAUGAAUUGCAGCUGCUGCCAUCUUCCCUCUAUAAGCAAUGGCUUCAGCUCUUAAUGGAACUUGACCUCAAAAAGAAGGCUGAAGAGAUAGCAGCAGCAGCAACCUCCCGGUUCAGCCAGGUGCUAGAAAUGUGGGAAGUGAGACUGCAAUUGUUACUGAAGCUGAACAGUGAUGGUGUAGCCUCAUGUUUCCAGGAAGCCUUUAAAGUGGUUAAUGCUAAAGACAGCUUGCCACUCUGGAUUUUAUGGGUUGAAUGGAGUGAGAAUGUUAACAGCAAGGCUGAAACUGAAGCUCUCUAUCAGAAAUCAUUGCUUGCCACACUUCCAGUUGACUCAGUAACCAUGAAAGAGAAGUACCUUGAAUGGGCUUAUAGGACAGAUGGCUAUAAAAAAGCAAGGAAGGUCUUUACAAGUUUACAUGAAAACCGACCAUUUUCCCUUGAGUUGUUCAAGAAGAUGAUACAGAUUGAAAAGGAGCAAGAUUCAGGUAAAAUAUUUAAUAUCCGAGAAUAUUAUGAACGUGCCUUGAGGGAGUUUGGUGCCACAGAACCUGAUCUUUGGCUGGAUUACAUCAAGGAAGAGCUGAAUCAUACCCAAGGGAAGCCAGAGAACUGUGGCAGUAUUCAUUGGAGAGCAAUGAAAGCACUGCAGGGAGAACAAGUGGACACUUUUAUUUCAAAGUACACACUGCUACAAAUUGGUCACCUGUGAUAACUGUUGUGAUUGAUGUACAUCAGAAGAACUAUGGAUCAAUAUAAACCAUUCCCCUUUUUCCUUAAACAUUUUGUAUACUUUGAUUUUCCAGAGACAAAUACAGUUCUAGUUUUAUGCUUGAUAAGAACUAGUCUGUGCGCUGCUGGUGAUUUCCAUUAGGGCAAAGGACUGGAAGUGGGGAACAGAGUGUCACAGACUGAUGCUGCUGGAUUGAGCACAUAAAAUGAAAGUUACAAGUCUUUUCAUUUUUAGCCUGGCUAGAGUAGAAGAUUACAUGUUUCACUGCGUGGCAAACACUGUGCUGAUUAAAAAAAAUGCCAUGGAAAGGCCUAUCUAUUUAUAUUCUCAUUACUGCAAAACAGAUUAGUUUUAUCACUUGUUGCCUAUAUUAAACUUGCAACAUUAACUAUUAUACCACUACCCCAGUUUAGUUUUGGAAUAUCUAUUGUCCAAAUGGCCAAAAACAGAUCAAAAGUGUCACAAACACAGCAAGUUUGCUCAUCCAAGCCUCCAAAUUGAUGCAGCAAUCCCCUCAACUUCUCAAAAAUCGGCUGGAAAUGAAAUACAGUAGAUCACUUCUGGGUGCUUCAGCUGGAAGGGUGUGUAUAGGGAGGAGUCACAAAUGGUCCUCUGCUGCCCCCCUUCCCCCAGGUACAUGAUUGUGGCUAAUGUGCAUAAUUUGGUACAACAGUAUGUGUAUAUAUAACAAUGACCAGAAAAUCUUGAAAAUAAAAAUUAACUUUAUAUACCUGAA